CAUUGAGAAGCCGAACUCUUCUCCCAGGCUGGCAGACCGAGGAAAGUAGGCAGGGCCCGGGCCUGACCCAGUCUCUGGAGGUUCAUUAGGCCUCCUCCGAGCCCUGGGCCUGGUCGGGUAAGGCCUCCAGGCGCCGGUUGCUGGGGGAGCGGUGACGUCACGGGGUGAAAGUUGAGGGGCGGUGACGUAAGGCCUGACCGGGCGGAGGCUGGCGGGUUGGAGACUGGAGGGAGGGAGGGAAGGAGGGAAGGAAGGAAGCUGGGAAGGAGCGAGGUAGCGGGGGCGCGAGGCGUUUACCUGGGAGGCAGCGGCUGGGGCGCGCGCAGCGGCCGCGGCUCCCCCGCACCUGCGGCCAUGGAUGAAGAGCGCGCCCUAUACAUCGUCCGGGCCGGCGAGGCGGGGGCUAUCGAGCGGGUCCUGCGGGAUUACAGCGACAAGCAUAGGGCUACUUUCAAAUUUGAAUCAACAGAUGAAGAUAAAAGAAAGAAACUCUGUGAAGGCAUAUUUAAAGUCCUUGUAAAGGACGUCCCAACAACAUGUCAAGUGUCCUGCCUGGAAGUACUCCGCAUUCUAUCCAGAGACAAAAAGAUUUUAGUUCCUGUAACAACUAAAGAAAAUAUGCAAAUACUGCUGAGACUAGCCAAACUCCAUGAGUCGGAUGAUUCUUUGGAGAAGGUGUCAGAGUUCCCGGUUAUUGUGGAAUCAUUGAAAUGUCUGUGUAACAUCGUGUUCAACAGUCAGAUGGCACAGCAGCUCAGCCUGGAACUGAACCUAGCUGCAAAGCUCUGUAACCUCCUGAGAAAGUGCAAGGACCGAAAAUUUAUCAAUGACAUAAAGUGCUUUGACUUGCGCUUGCUCUUCCUCUUGUCACUUUUGCACACUGACAUCAGGUCACAAUUGCGCUAUGAGCUCCAGGGACUACCGCUGCUAACCCAGAUCUUGGAAAGUGCCUUUAGCAUCAAGUGGACCGAUGAGUAUGAAUCGGCCAUAGACCAUAAUGGACCUCCUCUCUCACCUCAGGAGACAGACUGUGCCAUUGAAGCCCUCAAAGCUUUGUUCAAUGUGACAGUCGACAGCUGGAAGGUGCAUAAAGAGAGUGAUUCUCAUCAGUUCCGUGUCAUGGCAGCUGUCCUUCGCCAUUGUUUACUAAUCGUAGGUCCAACUGAAGACAAAACAGAAGAGCUGCACAGUAAUGCUGUCAACCUUUUAAGCAAUGUUCCAGUCUCUUGUUUGGAUGUUCUCAUUUGUCCAUUAACCCAUGAAGAAACAGCCCAAGAGGCAGCGACUCUAGAUGAACUGCCCAGUGAUAAAACAACCGAGAAAGACACAGCUUUGAAAAACAAUACCAUGGUAUACAAUGGCAUGAAUAUGGAGGCCAUUCAUGUUUUACUCAGUUUUAUGGAGAAGAGAAUUGACAAGGGAAGCAGCUAUAGAGAGGGUCUAACUCCAGUUCUCAGCUUAUUAACAGAAUGUUCCCGAGCUCAUCGGAACAUCCGAAAAUUUCUCAAAGAUCAGGUUUUACCACCAUUGAGGGAUGUGACAAAUCGACCUGAAGUUGGCUCAACUGUGAGAAACAAGCUGGUGCGCCUCAUGACACAUGUUGACCUUGGCGUCAAGCAAAUUGCUGCCGAGUUCCUUUUUGUCCUUUGCAAAGAGAGAGUGGACAGUCUGCUGAAAUACACUGGCUAUGGGAACGCUGCAGGACUGUUGGCGGCCAGGGGCCUCUUGGCUGGAGGAAGAGGAGAUAAUUGGUACUCAGAGGACGAGGACACGGACACUGAAGAAUACAAAAAUGCAAAACCAAACAUUAAUCUUAUCACUGGUCAUUUAGAGGAACCAAUGCCAAACCCUAUAGAUGAAAUGACAGAAGAACAAAAAGAAUAUGAAGCCAUGAAACUUGUCAACAUGCUUGAUAAACUUUCCAGAGAGGAGCUGCUUAAACCAAUGGGACUAAAACCUGAUGGGACAAUAACGCCUUUGGAGGAAGCACUCAGCCAGUAUUCUGUCAUCGAAGAGACCAGCUCCGACACAGACUGAAAGCAUCGUCACCUGCUCAUUCUCAUAUGGCUUUUAUCAGCAUCUUUUCUCUGUAGCUCCAGGGGAAUCUUCUCUAAAACAUUUAUGCCCUCACUGUGGCUAGAAACACAUUAACUGGUUUACUCAUUGGGAAUCCAGCGUAUUUAAGAGGUGAUCCUGUGUUUUCUGCAACAUCUAGGCAUUCAUACAGAGCUGUGGUAGGCAGAGUUGCGAGGCUAGAAGCAGAAGCAGCCAUCCCGUUUCAUCUGGAUGGAGUACGGAACCUCACUGCAAAGCAGCCUGCUCGAUCUUGUUGCUGGAAUUCCCAGCUAAAGGUUCAACCGCGUCCUUCCACCCACCAGUGAAAGCCGCCCCUGCUGAGUCUCUAGCAACCCAAGGCACGUGAGAGCCCGAGGAGCUGGUACAUAAGGGCUGAGGCGAGUGACUCCUUAGAUCAGCACUGACUGAAUGAAAGCCAGGCAGCUGCUCUGUAAACCUAUUCCCACACUUCAUUUCAGUUUUUAUAAAUGUGGAAACACACACACACAACACACACAGCCCCAGACUUACAAACCUAUUACACUCUAAAAGUUUUUAUGUCACUUAGCUAAAACUUCAAAUUAAAUCUCUCCCUAUGAGGAGUUAGAAAUGAUGGUUUAGUUCCCGGCAGCUACACGUGCCUAUUUAUUCCUCUUGUUCCUAAACACUACUAGUACCGUAGGGCUGGACCACCAUCUGCAUCGCUGCAUCCAGAGUGCGCAUUCUGAGGUACCACUCAGGGUGCCAAGUACACACUCAUCCUCCAGGCAACAGAGAGGAUGGGGCUCCCUGGGUAGUGGGAGUUCUCUCGUGGCCUGUGCUGGGGGUAGGGAGCCAACAGCACACAUUUGUACAUAAAAGUCAUUCGUAUGUCACAUGUUUUAAACAGGGGUCUCUGUGUGUAUUUGUGUGUGUGUUCUACCUUUCUUUCUACCAUAUGUGAUCAGUUUAAUGGUAACUUUAUUUAUUUAAAAAAAAAAAGAAACACAAAUAGUUACUAUUAAACUGAUUAAGGCUGUUUAUUUUUACUCUUAGAAAUGGUUAUAUGAAGUAGACGUGCAAUCAUGUAGGCAGCGGGCCAAGUUGAUCAGUGGCUAAAGUUGAAAGGGGUUGGUUUCCUUUCAUAUAUGUAUGUAUGUGUAGAUACACGUACAUAGAUAUAUGCACACAUAGAUUAUGUGCUUAACCACUGCCUUUUAAAACUUUAAAUAAAAUGUUGGGGAUGAUUCAAUUUA